AUGGACACCGAGCCUUACUCCCGUCACGAGAUCGAGCGUAUCAUCCGUCUCGCCGCCAACCUCGCUCUGCAGCACAACCCGCCCCUGCCCGUCUGGAGCUUGGACAAGGCCAACGUCCUCGCUACCAGCCGUCUGUGGCGUAAGGUCGUCACCGAGGUUAUGGAGAAGGAAUACCCUCAGGUCUCCUUUGGUCACCACCUCAUUGACUCCGCUGCUAUGCUCAUGAUCAAGGACCCCCGUAAGCUGAACGGCAUCGUUGUUACUAGCAACUUGUUCGGUGAUAUCAUCAGCGAUGAGGCUAGUGUUAUCCCCGGUUCUCUGGGUCUCCUUCCCAGUGCCAGUCUGAGCGGUAUUCCUGAUGGCAAGAGCCGUGUCAACGGUAUCUACGAGCCUAUUCACGGCUCCGCCCCCGAUAUUGCCGGCAAGGGUAUCGUUAACCCCGUCGCCACUAUCCUGUCUAUUGCCAUGAUGAUGCAGUACUCCUUCAACAUGAUCGAUGUGGCUCGCCUGAUUGAGCAGGCUGUGAGCAACGUCAUCGAGGCUGGUGUCCGCACCGGCGACAUUGGCGGCACAGCCAAGACUACCGAGGUCGGUGAUGCCGUGGCCGCCGAGCUGGAGAAGCUGCUCAAGUAG